CCAAAACCAAGCGCUGAGCGGCGGCACGGCGGACGCGCCCGUCUAGUCGCUUGCAUCGCGCGUAGGGCUGCCCGCCGACGCCAGUCGACGCCAUAAGACGGCAGCAACGCCGGGAGGGCUGCCGGAACGCUACCAAUACUAGCUAGCUCGGCCGUCCGACGCCGUCGACGCCUCGACGCGGUGGAACAAAGCUGCCGCAGCGACACUACUAAGGUUUGCUGAUAGAGCUAGCUAGGCCCCGCUCCGACGCCGUGUAAAUAAACAGACGUCAAGAUGCCCGAGUUACCUGAAGGGACGAUUAAUGCGUUUAUACAGAACAAGAACCUGGCCAAGUAUGGCCUGCUCAAGGACAACGAGGGCGGGUUUCUUGCGGAGAAUUUCGUCGACUAUCAGCUCAUCGAUAGGUGCGAUCUCGGCGUCCUGCGGUGCUGCGGCGCCUUCACGCCAUCGACGCGACUCGUGUCCAUCUCACGAUGCCGGGGGUGGUCUCUGGUCCAAAUUUGGGCCGAUUCGGACCGCGUCCAUCAUUCCUGGAGACGACGCGCGUCGACCGCCGCACGCCGCCGCGCGACCGCGACGCUCCGCGCAGGCACGAAACCCUCGAGGAAAUAGUAGCGGUGGGAUGGAUGAGCGACUUCCACCCCUUCAACAAGGACCUCGUGGCGGACCCCUCGCCGAAGAUUUUAGUUAUUGUCGACCGAGAACAAACCUACGGCGACUUCUGGCGCGUUUGCUUGACCGCCGAGGCCCAAGAACGGGAGAUGAAGGCCAUUAAUGCUGAGCAAGAAGAGGCGCGACUUCUGGCCGAGGCCAUCGAGGCGGAGCGGCUGCGCGUCGAGGAGGAAGCUAGAAAGGCAGCGACGGCCGUGUACGACGACUCGCCUAUUGUAGCGAAGGCCUACGCGUCGGAGACGAGGGAUGAGACGUUCGAGGACGUCGCGGCGUUGGACGUCGUGCCCGAACGGCCGCUGAUGCAGUUCCAGCUGUCGCGACCUGUGUGGAAAUCAAAAUUUUACGGCGCGUUCGUGCUGAAUCGUCGCGUCAACCUCCACGCCAUCGACGCGAUGCCGGCUCGAUGGCGUGGCGAUGCCGGUUCCUCGCCGCUCGAGCGAGCCAGGAUAUCGGCCGACGCACUGGUUGAUUUCAACACAGGUCGCGACCGGCCGACUCGAUCGGCGAGCCUCGCGUGUUUGCCGACCUCUCGGCGGACAACGAGAUGUUCACGGAAUCGCGCUCGACGAAAAAUCCUGAUUUCGCCCUGGAACGACGGGAAAUGUCCGUCUCCGUCCAGGCCUGCAAGGUCAAGAAAGAUACGGGUUCGCAGACCUGGACGCGGCCCAUCCAGGCCAGUACGCAGUACCACCCUGUUGGAGACGCCUACCAGCUCCCACCACCUCCCCCAGAGUCGAAAAGAGAACGCCAGGCGUCCCGACAGAAGCUCGUGAACGGUAAAAAGGGCCAGGUCGAGGAGGACACUAGUCUGAUGACCGAGGACCAGCUCAACGAAAGAAAGAAGGCUGCGGAGCGAGACAGGAGCUACGCGCACGUCGCCCGGUUCCUCGCCAAGACCUUUGGGCUGAUGGAGAACGCGCUGGAACAGAACGAGACGGUCGACGUGUUCGGGGAUCUUUUUAAGGGUGCUGACUCAGCGUCCGUUUUUGAUGAAUGAACUUCAAGGUCGCGUCGAUGGCGUCGGCGCGACGCCACGCCACCGCGGCGCCGUCGACGGGGCCGUGUGAGAGUCCACGGGUCUCGUGAGCGUCGCGUCGCGACCGCGGCCCCGCGCAGGUACUGGGGCCGGCGCCGAAGACCUGGAAGCGUCCAAAGGUGCGCUCGGUGAAUUGAAAGAAUUACGGACCUUCGCCGACAUCAACAGGACGAAAGGAAAACACUUACACAGCUUGCAGUGGCACCCCGCUCGCAAGGGCGUCGUCGCCGUCGGCCCGCGCUCCAACUUAACCUUCGAGGACCGUUUACCGUCGAGUGGCUUUUCGUCGUCGUCGCACGUCCUGUACUGGGACUUUGCUGAUUUAAUAACGCCGUUACUCGUGUUGGAGGCGCCUUAUAGCGUGGAAGCCUUUGCGAUUAACACAGAGCGGCCCCACCUCGUCUGUGGCGGCCUCGAGAACGGCCAGGUGCUCGUCUGGGACACGUCGGCAUCCACACAAGCUAUCGACGCGAAGCGACAGCGAGAGAAGCGGCGACUCGCGGGAGAAAGCACGAAGGACGACGAGGAAGCGGCUCUCUUUGAUGACGAGGUCCGACCUCCCCUCGAGGCGCUUGCGAUGGCGUCGCUGGGCGACCACAAAGUGGAACACUGCCACCGGCGGUCCGUGACGCAAGUCGUGUGGCUGCCGAAGAACGCACAGAUCGACUACAAAGGUAGACUGCUGGAAGAAGAGUACCAGGGCGAACACAGCAACCAGUUCGUGUCCAUUUCUCUGGACGGCCAGCUGCUCUUUUGGGACCUGCGCUUCGAGGACAUCGCGCGCGGCAAGCACCCGAAAGUAGGCCGACGCAUGCGCGGCAGCACGGACGUCGGCGCCGACGGCAAGCUCAAGGCCGUGCCCUGGCAGCCGCUCUGGAAAUGUCAUCUGGCCCAUCCUGCUGGUGUUGGUGAGUUAGGGCUCUGUCACAUGGUCAAUGCCUUUGUUGGGGUCGGUGACGACCCCAUCCCCUCGACAGAGGAGGACGUACCUGAUGUGGUACCAGAUCACCGCUGCAGGUUUAUUGCUUGCAGUGAAGAUGGCGAACUCCUCAGUGGAGACUGGGCCGCUGUUUCCGAGGACGACUCGGAACCCGCUUAUGUCACCUGGGCGGCGAAGGACCACCCGCGACCCGCCCUCGCGCUACAGCAGUGUGCGUUGCUCAGGGAUCACUUACUGACUUGUGCGGAACGCCAUUUCCACGUCUGGCUCUUCGGGCAAAAGCAACCGGCCUUCAAGUCUCCCCGAACAGCCAAGUUAUCUUGUGUGGCUUGGUCGCCGACGAGGGCGGGGGUUGUGUUCUGUGGUCGAGCUGAUGGUGGCCUAGACGUCUGGGAUCUGUGUGAUGAUCCGGAGCGACCUAUUGGCUCGUUCCGAGUCGCGUCGUCGGCCAUCACGUCGAUGUCGUUUCAAUCAGAUCUACUACCAGGAGAAUAUGAUCAAUUACUGGCGUUAGGAGAUGAGCAGGGCAACCUCCACGUCUUCGACGUUCCCCUACCUUUAAGAAAGCCGAAAGCUUCGGACAUCGAUACGUUCAAGGCCUUCAUCCAGGCCGAGAUCGACUGGGAGGUCAAGUCGCAGGAGCGCAUGGCGGCGCAGAAGGAGGCGGCGGAAAACGCGAAGGCCGCGGCGCCGGCCGAGGGGGACGCCGAGGAGGAGCCCGCGGCAGAAGAGGAGGCCCCGAAGGACGGCGAGUUCGACUUCUCGGAGGCCGAGCUCGAGGCGGACAACGCGGCCUACGCGAAGCUGCAGCGGAAGCUCGCCCAGGAGAUGGACAUCCGCUUGCUCGAGUCCGGGUUGAGGGACUGGUCCUACGAGCCGCAGCCCGAGCAGCCGGCGCAGUGAGUAAGGUUUUUGCUCAAGUACUCUACUCAAGUACUAGUCAUACACUCUUACAACACGCGAGGCGCCGGCCAGCGUCGUUUCGAUCUC